AUGGCGAGGCAGGGCGGCACCGGCGGUGAGAUCACGGCGGCUUUCUCAGGCGACGGUGGCAUUGCCGGGGCGUCCACGGCCAGGACGACGCCGGUGGCGAGCCCGUACCAGGCGGCUGUUGAAAUUGAAGAGCAAAUUUAUUCUCCAGCAUUUGGCAACAUUGAGGUCCAGGAUAGUCGUGGUUGCUGCAGUGGUUUCACAGGCAGUGUAACAAAGUUGCUGUUCAUCUUUCAUCUGCUUGCUUUCAUUGCCCUCACAGCAUUCCUAGGCGUCCAGGCCUCUUCCCACCAGAACCCUGCCUACAAGCCCUUCUCCAACUUCAUCCCUCUAGUAUCCUCUGUCAUAGUAUCCACAAUUGCUGCCUGCUUCUGGGUUAUCCUUGCUGUCACAAACCCUCCAAAAGCCAUCAAGACCUCUCUCUGGGCUGCCCCUGUUUCUGCACUUGCUUGUGAUGUAGUCAUACUUCUAGUCGGCAAUACUGCUGCACUUGGUAUAGGAGCUCUUGUAGUUGUAUUUGCAAUUGCGGCAGGAUUAUACAGUUGUUGGGCCACUGGCCCACGUCUUAAGCAUGCCUCUGAUAUGCUUUCCGUUUCUGUCAUCAGAGCACAUUUACCGCUUACUACUUCAUGCCUUGCUGUCUAUGUCCUUCUUGCAACGUUUGGGUAUAUGGCCUUCUGGACAGUUGCCAUCAGCUGCAUUGCUGCCGCAGAAGGGCACUUCAUGAACUACAGGAUGGCUUAUGUGGCAGCACUUCUAGUGAGCAUGGCAUGGACCAUGCAGGUACUGCGCUACAUUGUCUAUGUGGCAGUGGCAAAACUGGCACAUGGACGUCUCAUCUAUGGGAUUCGCAUCCCGGGUGGUGCUUUGGAAGCAUUCUGUGGCACGAUAUUUGGCCCAGCCUUUGGGGACAUAUGCAUGGGUGCAAUGGCUGUGCCGGUGAACUCAGCAGUGCGGGGAUUGGCUCGAGCAAUGAAGACAGCAACUGGGGGCAAUGAUGAGUUCAUUUUCUCAGGACAGGGCUGUUGCUUUGCUGUAUCAGAGAAGAUGCUGGGACGUGCUAACCGUUGGGGUUUUGUGCAUGUUGGGGCGCGGGGGAAGGCAUUCUGUGUGGCUUCGCGGGAUGUGUGGUCGCUUUUUGUUCUCCGUGGAAUAGCAGAGCUUAUUGAUUCAGACCUCACUGGUUCGUUCUGCUUCCUUUCUUCCGUUACAUCAGGCGCAUUGGCCUCACUGGUUUCUGGAUCAUGGGCACUAGCCAUGGAUAAAGAUCAGAAGAAACUAGCUUUGCCCAUAUCCAUCUAUGCAUUCCUAAUCGGUUAUUAUAUGUGCCGGAUGAUGAUUGCAUGGCCACAAGCGUGUGUGGCUGCGUACCAUGUCGCAUAUGCAGAGAACCCACAGAACCCUCAGCUGGGCACGCUGAUACCAGAUCAUCUGCGCGAGCUCCAAGCAAUGGCUGCAGAUCAAGAUCGUCCCAGAGUUAUCCAUUCUUCUGAUGACAUUGACAGUUCAUAG